GCGGGGCCUCACAAUCGCCCCUUACUUUUUCCACCGCAAUAACGCGCCCCUCGAUGCCACCCCCAAACCAACACUACCGUAGCCCUCCCCUAAAAACCCAAAUUCCAGGUUCAACGGGUCUCACAGACACAGGGAAACACUGGUAUGGGGGGGUAUGGGAUUGGAUGAACAGUCUGUACAGCAAAAGAUCCAGUGGUAGGGGCCCAAUUCAGGUUGUCAGUCUGUCCCUGGCCACGAGCUGGAUCGCAGGUCUCUCGAGGUUUUGUCAUGUGCAAUUGUGAAUCGAUAAUAAUUACCGGUGUUAAUUAGGUCAUGAAGGGCCAUAACAUGGAGUGAAACAUAAUGUUGAGGGAAAAUUAAAUUCGGGAAAUAUUACAGUCGAGGUAAUAAAAUAUUACUGGAGCUGCGCUGAGUGCGAUUAUCAGGGGGAAAGUACCGGUAAAUAGUGCGACAAGGGGACAUAAAUAGUAAUGGAGUAACUUGGGAUAAUAGUUGACAGUGAGGAGGAGACGCCGAAGGAGGAGGGGAUUAAUUUAUUAAUUAUAUUGACGAUUGAUUUGAAUGAUCAAGAGCUUGGAAAUAAAAAUGAAGACUGAAAUACAGAGUUGUCUUGACGUACCAAAUCUCCUUGCCUGUCAGACCAACAACUCCAGCGGUCCCAAGACGUUGGAGGAAGCCGGGAUAAACAGCAAUGAAAGGGUUGAAAUGGACUGCAGCGGCUGCGGGGAGAGCAUAAGGGAGCGAACUGUCCUCUGUGUUGGCAGUAACAGUUGGCAUUCGCGGUGUCUAAAAUGCUUCACGUGUGCUAGACCCCUGGAUGAUCAGCAAUCCUGCUUUCUCAAGGAGAUGAGAGUCUACUGCAAGGCAGACUAUGCGCUAACCUUUGGGGCAAAAUGUUCGAAGUGCGAACGAAGUAUUGGAACCGGAGACUGGGUGAGACGCGCGAAAGAUCGUGUUUACCACUUGGCCUGUUUCGCCUGCGAUUCCUGCUCUCGUCAGCUGUCAACGGGUGAACAAUUCGCUCUUCUAGAGUCAAGAUUAUUAUGUAAAAUUCAUUACCUGGAUGUGGUGGAGGGGAACAACACCUCGUCGUCCGAGGACUGCGACUCCGAGAACGGGGGUAAGAGCAGCAAAACGAAAAGAGUCAGGACGACGUUCACGGAGGAGCAGCUCUCGGUAUUGCAGGCUAAUUUUCAAUUGGAUAGCAAUCCUGAUGGGCAGGAUUUGGAGAGGAUAGCCCAUGUCACGGGGUUGAGCAAGAGAGUCACACAAGUUUGGUUCCAGAACUCGAGAGCGAGACAGAAAAAACACAGUGGAAAAAUCAAAUCUGUCCACCACUCCCCCCUCCACCACCACCCGGGCGACCUAUACCCCGGUAACCUGGUGAACAGUUACUUCGGUAGUUACCAAGGUGGUAGUGCUGGCAGCGAGAGCCCAGGGAGUCCCAUGACGCCAUUGACACCUCUAACUCCGAUAGCCCCUACGACACCGACCCACCUCCAGCAGCCCCAGUUCUGUCACCAAGGGGGAUAAUUUAUGGGCCUCAUGGGGAAAACUCCAGUGAUAUUAUUGUACAUUUCUCAAGGAUUUCUCCUCAGGCCUUUCAAAAAUUCAUUCUUUCGCAGGUAUAGUUUCUCGUGACUAACAAAACAUCACCCCGAGAAACUAAUCUAAUUCUUCAGGGGUUUUUCGUGUAAAUAUAUCGCUUUCCAAGCCGGUUCAGUAUAAAUAUCUAGUGAAUUAAAUUCCCAGUCGUCAAUAUCUCGUCACCGACGUCGAUAUAAAACAAGAAAAGUUUAUUGUAAUAUCGAUUAACCUGCCAGAGAAACGAAUUCUCUCAUUCGGUGGUCGACCCGCAUCGAUAUUCAUUACAUAAUUAAAAAGUUAUAUUGUUAUAAAUAAAUGCACUCACUCAUUGUGUUAUUUGUGUGCAAAUUGUCGGAAAAAUAAUGAAUAAUGCGGGAUUAAUCUGCACAAGAGUUUUUCGUCUAAAUAUGCGUUUCAAACCGGUUUUGUACGAACGCGUAGAAUUUAAUUUACCCAGUCUUCGAGAUAUCGUGAUAAAUUAUGUAAAUACUAUCGUAAUUGCGAAAAACGUAUCGUAGUAUCAAUUAAAUUGACAGAAGACGAACGCUUGUAUUUGUCAAUAUUUUCUCGUCCUUCGAUAUCACUUGUCACCACAAUAUUUACAGUUACGAAAAACAAAAUCGUACUGUUGUGAAUAAAUGUUAUUACAGCAAUUGUUAAUAUUCACCUUUACGUUAUUUUUGUACAAAUUACCUACUGAAUAAAAUCGAUAAC